CUUCGCGCUGUUUAGUUUGAACGAGUUGAGUUGUCAGACACAGUUACGUUAAAAUACGAUACAAAUGAAACUGAAUAGUUGUGGCCUGUGCAGUGUUUGCAAAUAUUGACAAUUCUAGAUAAACAUGGUGAAAUUCACAGUAUUUUUUUUACUAACAGUUUGUAGGCAGUCACUAGGACAGUAUGUCUUAUUGACCAACUCAGGGCGUUCAAACUUGCAGGGUUUAACCCAAUCAUUUAAUGGUAUAUUUCCAGUUCAAAGGUUACCAGUGAAUGGGCUCGGCUAUCUCCGAGCGAGGAAUAUUGAAGAGCUUGGACGGCAAGUAAAUAUAAGUUUCAGUAACCCUCCCCCACCGGUGGGAGCAGCCCAAGAUCCGGCAACACGGACUUGUGGACUCGCGCCGCCAUUUUGUGUUAAAUCUCGAUACCGCUCCAUAGAUGGCUCUUGUAACAAUCUUCAAAGACCCACAUGGGGAGUCCCUCAAACACCUUAUGGCCGACUGGUACAUUAUAAGUAUGCAGACGGUGUCUCUGCCUUCGCAAAAUCUGUAACAGGCGACGAUUUGCCUAAUCCUAGAGAAUUGAGUAAUAUAUUCUUCCCUGAGCAACACCUUGUUGAUCCGGUGUGGAAUUUGAAUGCACAGCAGUGGGGACAAAUUAUAACACAUGACAUGUCAUUGACAGCUGGAAUACCACAGAGUCAUAAAGAACCUGUUACUUGCUGUGAUGACAACGGACAGCUCACUCCAGAUUCAGCUACCGAUCCUUUAUGUGCACCAAUCCUUAUCCCACCUAACGACCCCGUCCACUCUCGACUUGGUACACGUUGUAUGAACUUUGUCAGAACAGGCACAACGAGAGACAGAGGCUGUACACCACCAUUCGCCCCCGCAGAGCCGAUUUCAACCGUCACAGCCUAUAUGGAUGCUUCAUUCUGUUACGGCAGCAGUGAAGGGCAGGCUCGUCCAAUUAGAGCUUUCCUUGGCGGUCGUUUGCAAACCUACUUAAGAAGAGGCUCUGAAUGGCCACCGCAAGAUCCAAAUGUAACUGUGACUUGUGAAUCUGCUCAAUCACCUACCGAACCCUGUUACUUAGCAGGUGACAUUCGAGUGAAUCAGAACCCACAGCUUACAAUACUGCAAAUACUAGUACUCAGAGAACACAAUAGAAUUGCUGAUACACUAACCGCACUGAAUCCACAUUGGAACGAUGAGACCACAUAUCAGGAAGCAAGACGUAUAGUUAUUGCUGAAUUACAAUAUAUCAACUACUAUGAAUACCUGCCUAUUUUCCUUGGUGUUGAAAAUAUGAUAAAGAACAAACUUAUAUACCCUGGCGCGAGGGGAUACAUCAAUGAUUAUAACCCAAACGUCGAUCCUACCGUGCUAGAUGAACACGCCACCGCUGCGUUUAGACACUUCCAUACGUUAAUCCGCGGAUAUUUGCAAUUGGUAACAGAAGACAGACACUUAGCUGGAAUUGUUCGUCUGAGCGAUUGGUUUAACCGGCCGCUAUUAUUAGAAAUCGAAAAUGCUUUUGACGAUUUAACAAGAGGACUUACUUACCAGCCUCAAGGAUUUAGUGAUCGAUUUUUUGAUAGCGAAAUCACACAAUACUUAUUCAAGCGUAACAAUACUUUUGGGGGUGAUCUCCGCGCGAUUGACAUACAACGCGGUAGAGACCACGGCCUCGGCAGUUACAUUGCAACUCGCGCUGCUUGUGGUCUUCCAGUGCCAAAAACCUUCAAAGAUAUGACAGAUUUCAUUCCUAAAAAGAGAGUGGAACUCCUAAAAAUCGCGUAUGAAGCUCCUGAAGAUGUAGAUCUGGUAGUGGCAGGGUCUCUGGAAACUAAUGUACCAGGAGCACAAGCGGGGCCCACUUUCCUAUGUAUCCUUACAGAACAAUUUUACCGUACACGUGUUGGUGACAGAUUCUUUUUUGAGAACGGAGGGGAUCCGGACACAGCAUUUACUCCCAGUCAACUAGAAUCCAUUCGCCAUGGGUCAUCAAUAGCUCGAAUUUUAUGUGACAACGCCAAUAACGUACAGCACAUGCAGCCAAGAGCCUUCCAACAAAUAUCGACUGGGAACAUGCCAGUGCCAUGUGAACAGUUACCGGCCAUUGAUCUGAAGUUAUGGCAGUCAGUGGGAAAGUAAAAUAAUAGCAUGUUAUGUAAUCUUAUAUUAUAAUAUUUUUCUUAAAUAUCUUAUAUAGUGUGACUAUGUAGACUAUGGAGUCUAAGUGAAUGAUUGAUCAUUGUUUAUAAAAUGAGUAAUUUAUAAUACCUUUAGUCGCUUAUAUCCUGUACAGAUUCGUAAAUAAAAAUAGUAAGAUU